AUGCUCGGCCAAGGCGGAUUCGGGUCGGUUUAUUUGGGUUUCGAGAAAAAACCCAGGUUGUGUUUGAAGGGUGUGUCGAGGAUUGUGGCCGUGAAAUCGACAUUGGCCUCUCAGGCGCAUGAUCUGAUGGGGGAAGAUAUUCUUCUUUACAUUUUUCGUCACUGCCCUUUUGUUAUCAACUGCUAUGGAGAGGAUGAGACGAUUGGCGCUGAUGGCCAUCAUUUAUUCAAUGUGUUCUUGGAGUACGCAGACGGGGGAACAAUGGCGGAUUUAAUUGAGAAAUCAAGGGGUUUUGGGUUGCGUGAAUUCCAAGUCAGAAAGUAUACAGAGUCGAUUUUGAAAGGGAUUAAGUACAUCCACGAAAGGGGUUUUGUGCAUUGUGAUCUCAAGCCUGAGAAUAUUCUGCUUGUGUCUGAUACCUCCUCGGGUGGUGCUCGUUUUGUGCCGAAAAUCGGAGACUUGGGGCUCACAAAGAAGGCAAAUCAGAAGUGGGAGAAGCCUUCCUUUGGAGGCACACCAAUGUAUUUGUCUCCUGAAGCUGUGGUUUAUGGAAUUCAACAGUACCCUUAUGAUAUUUAG